GGCAUUCCCAUUUUCAUCACACUCAACUAACUUUAGUUAUUGAGAGACAAACAAACAAAAAACAUAGGAAAGAGAGAGAGAUGGAAGGUUCUUGUCAUAACCGUUGCCAUUUCCGUAUUGUUUUUCUUAUUUUAGUAGCCUUCACUACUUCUUCAUUCAUGGAGUCAGUUUCGGCGGCAAGGCCAACCGCCGGAAAUACACAUACAGAGUUUAUAAGAACAUCUUGUAAGUCAACAACUUAUCCAAACCUCUGUUUCAGCUCAUUAUCAGGACAUGCAAGUGCCAUUGGAGCUUCGCCUCAAAUUAUGGCCCAUGAAUCCCUCACCGUCAGCCUCGUAACAGCCCUAUCGACAUCUGCCAUGAUGGUGAAGGUGGCACACGGCCAAGGCAUGACGCGGAGAGAGGUCGGCGCCAUGCGCGACUGUGUGGAGGAACUAAGUGACGCAGUCGCGGAACUGAGAAAAUCCUUGGGGGAAAUGAAGGAGCUGAGGGGCGAAGAUUUUGACCUUAAAAUGAAUGAUAUUCAAACUUGGGUGAGUGCUGCCUUGACGGAUGAGGAUACAUGCACUGAGGGGUUUGGUGGAAAAGUUAUGAACGGGAAAGUUAAGACUGUUGUAAGGGAAAAGAUUCUGGAAGUUGCACAUAUGACAAGCAAUGCCUUAGCUCUGAUCAACAGCUUUGCCGCUCUCCACGGCUAAAGCUAAAGGUCAAUUACAACGUAUAUAGCGUUAUACAGGACUCGAAUGCAAUCAGAAUAUGGUAUACUGAUUUCACAUAGCUGCCGAGACAAGCUAAGGGGGAGUUCAACUUGGGUAAACUCGGCCUCCCUUCUUUUCAGACUAAACAGAUCAAAAACUCUUUUAGCAUAGAUAGACAACUACAAAGACUUUAUCUUUUUGAUGUCCCUUAGGGAAGUGUAUAGUUUCUAUUUUAUUUUAUACUUUGGACCGUUUUCAUAAAAAAUUGGAAAUUUUUACUACUUUGCAAAAGCUAUAUCUCUACCAAACACCAAGAAAGAAAAGUUUUUCAGUUUGUACAAAAAAUGAAAACUACUGUAUUCCAGUGCUUUCAGAUUUUGCAAAAUCUGAAAAAGCUUUUUUGUUGGUGUAAGUUGGAAUGUAGUUUGCAAAUUCGAAGGAAAUGUCACUUUAACAGCACGGUCGGAUAUUCAAGCAACAGUGAAAAUCGUGACCCUUUUAACAUCGUAAGAACUCUAAACUGGUUUCUGGAGUACUAUUUGGUAGAGUUUUUUUAUAUAUUGUGAAUUAUUAAUUAUGUAGACUUAUAGUACUUUUUAUGUAGUUUUCAAAUAUAUAAUUUUAUUAUAAAAUACUCAAAAAAUCUAUUUUUGAAAUUAUAGUCAACAAAAGAGCUGUUUGAUUCUCCAAACAUGCCGACCCUCAUAUAAAUUCGGCGGAGGGAAUAGUAUUUUCUCAAGUGUUUAAGGCCAAAAAGGCACUUAUUAUGAACCGGAAAGAAUACUUUUUAACUAUUUUGAUUCCUUAACUAUUGUACUUUACACAAUCUCUAAGUAGGUAAAUUUUAUUUUAAAAACUUAAAGAACCUAUAUCUGAAUUCAUAGCAAAAACUUAAUUUAUUAAACUUUUUCAUCAAUGAGUGAGUAGUUGGGCUGCGCAACAAGGAGGGAGCGAGCUAAAAUUUAAAAAGAGGCAACACCAAUGAUUAGGAGCCUGUUUGAAUGGGCUUAUGCCUUUAAGCUGUUUGCACCUUAUAAGCUAAAAAAAAAUAAGUUGGGAUAGUCUAAUUUAUUUUUUUGGCUUAUAAGCUGUUUUCAGCUUAUAAGCUGUUUUAGAUAAGCUAAGUCAAAUGGGCCCAAUUAUUUUUUUGAGCUUAUUUUAAGCACAAAAUGACUUUAAGCUGGCCAGCCAAACACUCAAAAAAACUUAAAACAGUUUAUAAGCAACUUAUAAGCCAAUCCAAACGGGCUCUAGGUUUGCACGGUCCCAUCGAGUGAAACAAGUACGGAGCCGUUAUAUUCAUUCUCCUUCUGUCACAUGUAAGUCUGUCAACCGGUCCGAUUGGACCGGUUAAAACCGGUAACCGGACCGGUUAAAUCGGAACCGAUGGACCGAUUUACUGGGGUUUUUAUACCGGUCCGGUUUUUAAUUUUUGAGACCGGUUAAAAAAAAAAAUUAAAAUCUGCUGCGUGGACUGGACCGUUGGGCAACGGUCCAUUUUGCAAAAAUGGCCAUUGGGAACGGCUCCAAACGUCCCUUUUGGCCUCCCAAACCCCCCAAACUUUUUUUUUAUACACUUUAACCCAUCCCCCACCCCUAUAUAAACCCCUCUCCAUUUUUAAUUUUAAUCCAUACCAAUUCACUCUUCUCUUUCUCUCCAUUAUAGCUACUUUGCAACAAUUAGCCACUUUAAAUUUCUCUCAAUUAAAUAUUAUAAAGUUUUAUUCUAGUUUCAAUUAUUAAUUUUGCAAUUAUAUAAAAAAAAAUGUUGGUGGAGUUGGUGAUUUUGCAACAAUCCGGAGUAGCUCCAAAGCUUUGGUGGAUUUGCAAUUCUAGUCGCCUUCACUUUGGUGGAAAUUAGUCCGCCAAAUGUGGAUAUCAACCAACUAGAUGAUUUGGACGUCUUAGCAUGGUGGAAGAAAUACAAGACGAGUCAUCCGAUACUUUCAAGAAUGGCUCGAGAUAUCCUUACGGUUCAAAAAUCAACCGUGGCUUCGGAAAGUACAUUUAGUCAAGGAAGACAAUAAAUUGGAGACCAUAAACACUCAUUAUCUGGAUUUAGCUUGCAAGUACUAGUUUGCAUUCGCGAUUGGAUUAGAUCGGAGCGACGCAACCAAAACUCAGAAGCGGUGGAAGGCGAAGAGGAAGAGAUGGAAGAUUUGAUAGCAAAUGGAAUAGGCCAAAUGAAAGACUUUGAAGAUAUCUCAAUGACCGAAUAUGAUAUGGUGGAUAUUAGCCAAAUGAUUGACGCUUUUUUAUUUUAUUAUUCUACUACUUUUUUGCAACUCAUGUAUUAUUUUCAAGGUAAAAAAAAACUACAACUUGCAAAUAAAUGUUAUCCAUGAAUGAAUAAAAUAUACUAAGAAUAUACUUAUAA